AUGUUUGCUAGGAGUUUUUACUUCUUCAAUGUGAAGGCGCAGCUCCAGAGAGAGUGUGUGUGUGUGUGUGUGUGUGUUAGAACACAGAAUCACUGCACUUCAGUAUGUGAAUAAACAACUCCAUGUUCCUGAUCUCUCUCUCUCUCCCGCCUCCCACUCUCAGGUCUCUAAAGUGAACGGAGCCACACGGGCGUCCCAGGCAGGCGUGCACACGGCCGGUGCCAAAAAAACUAAAGACUUCAGACUGCCGUCUAAAACUGUGAAUGGCCAUGUCACAUACACCAAAGGAAAACGAGAACUGGUCAAGAAAACCAAACUGAACCAGCGCAAACACAGCACUGCUGCUGCCCAUAGAGCCCAUAGCAACAAUCACCACCACAACCACCUCCAGCGCCACCAGCAACUCCCCCUCUCCAACUCAGGAAAAGCCCAGAAUAGCAAAGCAAAAACAAGCAAACAGGUGCUAUUAUCCAAUGUGGUGCACAAGGUGGCCAAAGGCGGCGGAGUGCGCCUCAACGGCCGGCUCAACGGGCGCCUCUGUGCCAAGCAGGAGGUGGGCAGGCAGGGGCGUGAGGGGCUGAGGAACUCCAAGCGGAGGCUGGAGGUGGCGGUGGCGGCCAUCGGGGCGGUGGCUGACUCCCAGGGUAAGCUGGUCAUCCUGGAGAUUAACCCCAACCCUAAGAAGACCAAACAAAACCAGAGCAGCCCUCUGGAGACACGCAGUAAGAAAGCCUGUCAGGACAAGGCCUCGGUCCCUAACGGACACAUCAUCAUGGAAACCACCCCUCCCCCCUCCCUGCUAGCCCCACCCCCUCCCUCCACACCACUAGCCAAUCCAGAGCCAGGGCGCCAGCGGCCCAAGCGGGCGUCAGCCGGCAAGCUGAUGUUCAUCAGACAAGCACAACAGCGGGCACAGACUGCCUCUAACCCUAACUACACCCACACCCUUAACCGCUCAACUACCUCAGAGUCCCCUGGCCACACCCCCGGGCAUACCCCUCACAAACCAGCAGAGCCCCGGCCUGAGAGGGAGAGGGAGAAAGAUAAAGAGAGGGCGGAGAGGAGCAGGGCGAGCUGGGCAGCGUUGGGUGAGGCGCCAGUGUUCUGUCCCACCCAGCGGGAGUUCCAGGACCCCCUGGUGUACCUGGACUCUGUGCGGGAGGGGGCGGAGCCCUGUGGACUGUGUCGUGUGGUUCCCCCGGCUGACUGGCGCCCAGAGUGCAAACUGAACGAUGAGAUGCGCUUUGUGACCCAGGUGCAGCGCAUCCACAAGCUGGGUCGUCGCUGGGGCCCCAACGUACAGAGGCUAGCCUGCAUCAAGAAGCACCUCAAAUCUCAGGGCAUCACCAUGGAAGAUCCCCCGCUCAUCGGUGAGUCGAACUCAUAGACUGUUCCUACUUUACCAGCAACACACACUCCUAACGCUGGUCAUCAGUUAGUCUCAGACACUCACAUAGGCUGGAUGACUGUCACAAAACAAACCUCUUAAGCAAACAUCACAAACAUUGGGUCUCCAAGGUAUUGACAAUCCAAUAAAAUGUUUGUUGCAUUCCACCAACCAUAUCUGGUAUUUAAACUGUGACGUCAAUAUCAAUGUUCAGAUGUGGCCUGUAUGUCUGUGAGACAAUAAAACAGUAUUCCCAGCAGCUUGUCUGUCACUUUAGAUUUCGCACUCAGCAGCUUGAUGUGUUUUAAACAGCCUCUCUCCUUAAGUCUCCCCUGGCGUCUUUCAGAGCCCAGUCAGUCUAUAUGGCUGAAAUAAAUAUUUAUUGAAACUGUUUGAGAAUACGGCCGAUGUAGUGCUAUCAUACUACUACACUGUUGGAGCUAGGAACACAAGCAUUUCACUACACCUGUAGUAACAUCUGCUAAAUAUGUGUAUGUGACCAAUACAAUUUGAUUUGAUCAUUACUGUAUGAAUGUUAAACUCAUGGCCAUUGACCCUAACCCAUCUCUCUCUCCCCAGGCGGCUGUGGGGUUAGGGUUAAGGUUAGUGUUAACUCUGUAUCUGACCCCAUCUCUCUGUCUCUUCUCCCAGGUGGCUGCGAGGUGGACCUGGCUCGGUUCUUCCAGCUGAUUAAUGACAUGGGCGGCAUGCAGCAGGUUAUGGACCUGAAGAAGUGGAGUAAACUGGCUGAUCUGCUGCGGAUCCCGAAGUCAGCCCAGGACCGACUGGCCAAGCUGCAGGAGUCCUACCUCCAGUACCUGCUGUCUUAUGACUCUCUGACCCCCGAGGAGCACCGCCGCCUGGAGAGGGAGGUGCUGCAGGAGAAGGAGGGCCUGGAGCGCCGCAGGGGGCCCCUGGAGGGCCACACAGAGAGGAGCCUGGCCCUGCCACGCUACGAGCCCAAGAACGGGCUGGCAGGCAGUCUGGUGCAGCACAGCAACGGUCAGCUGUGCAGCCGGCUGAAGGAGCUGGACAGUCAGCAGCUCAAGGUGGGACGCCGGAGGCUGUUUGCUCAGGAAAAGAAGAAUGGGGAAAUUGCACAGCAGGAGGAAGAGGAGGAGGAGAAGGGGGUUCUCAGUGACCAGCACAAGUGUAUUUACAAGGUGAGGCCCAGGCAACAACUUUGCACAUCCUUUUUAAAUCAGUGUUUUUGUUCAUUCCGCUCAUGCACUGCUCAUGCUACAAGGGGAAGGGAAAUAUGGUAGUCUAGCUCCAGUCUUCCUGCCUGCCUGCUCUGUUCUGUUGUUCUAGCUGAUGGAAUGUAGGUCAGUGCUGAGCUGGGUGAAAUGGACACACAGACAGCAGGCCUCUGCCUCUCUACUCAACAUCGUUCUGCUCUGCCUCUCUCAGUGUUACCCCUGCCCAGACAUCGACACACACACACACACACACACACACACACACACCACAUCUUCCUGACCCAGACGUUCCCCCUGCUGCUCUUCUCAUGGAAGAACCUGAGUGUGAUGUUGUGCAUGUUGUUUCUAACCCUCUCCUUACUAUGAACCUGCUAUGUGUCUGUGAUCUCAUGACAUUUCAAACACUGUUCUAGUCUGGAUUCCAUUUAAAUCUUUUCCCUCUUUUUUUUUUUGUAACCAAAUCCCCAACACAUGCAUACCCAUAAGAUGUGAGGCUAGUGAGUUCAGUAUAGUAACCUAGCUCUCACAGAGAGGAGGGGUGAGGAGAGGGUGUCUUUCAGCGGGGCAUUAAAUCCAGGGAUGGUACAGGCAGAUUUAUAGACGCCAUCAACGCCCCUCCAUUCUGAGGAGGCGUCCCGGGGAAGAUUCAUAUUAACUUCAGUCAUGCUCAGAAACUUUCAGUACCGACAUGGAGCUGCAGAGACUUGCAAUACAGUACACUCAGGUCAGCCAGUCUUUCCUUUCAUUUUUCAUUGCAGAAUUAUGCCCUGGUGGUAUAUGGCUGUAUGUUUCUCUUCAAGGCUCGUCUAUAGGACGGCAUUUGCUUUUACAGGGUACCUGACUUUGUUUAAUGCUAGCUGUACUAUCCUGAUGUGGCUUCUCUUGUUGCAGGGGAAAUCUGUAUCUCUCACCAACUUCUUUAGGAUAGCCAGGAACACCAUGACCAUGUGCUUUAACAAAGAGCCCGGGGCUGCUGAGGUCGAGGUAAGAAUGGAACUAGUCUCAAUCCCUACUGGCCUUAUGUAGAGGUCAUGUAGAGGUCAACUCACUACUGUAGCAUACCAUUGACCUCGGCACCAUUUAUUAGUCACUACUGUAAAAAAAAAUUGUUCAGUACGCACAUUUGUCUCACUUAUCGUUUCUCCUUUUUUGUCUUCCUUUACAGCAAGAAUACUGGAGGAUAGUGGAGCAGAGGCACUGCCAUGUGGCAGUGCAUUAUGGGAAAGUGGACACCAACACACACGGAAGUGGCUUCCCCGUGGGAAAGUCAGAGCCAUUUUCUAAGUAAGAAGACCCAAUGUCAUCAUACCCUAAACAUUGUAAUACAUGGCGUAAUAACCAUAGAGAGAAAAUGAUAUCUCUUGAUUGGCCACUGUGUAAUGACUGUUCUUCUCUCCCUUUCAGACAUGGAUGGAACCUCACUGUCCUCCCCAAUAAUUCUGGAUCCAUUCUGCGGCAUCUUGGAGCUGUGCCCGGUGAGAUUUCUACCCUAACCCCUCAUCCUCACCCCUGAGGCACACAUCUUUCUGUCGGAGACAAUGUGAUGCCUGUUGUGGUGUCUGCUAUGUUAAAACGGAUCUCUGUCUCUCUCUGUGUGUGUAGGGGUGACCAUUCCCUGGCUGAACAUUGGCAUGGUCUUUUCUACCUCAUGCUGGUCUCGAGACCAAAACCGCCUUCCAUACAUUGAUUACUUACACACUGGUGCUGACUGCAUUUGGUAAGUAUCCCAACAUGACCACCUCUGGCUCUCUCUUCCUCCUCACAGGUAGAUGUGUACUGUACAAGGACAUUACAAAGAUAUGUGGUUUUUCUAAGGUGACAUGGAAUACAUGAUACAAAACAUGAUAAUGCCCUGUCAUUGAUAACACCCAUCUCAGAUCAGAUUUGUAAUUAGCUGAUCAAAUUCCACCUUCCUUGAACACACGCCAGUCUUUUGGAAAUAUGUAUUUAUGCCAAAGUGGCUCUCAUUAAAGCUACAUUUACUUACAACAAGAAAUUACUGGGUGCUAGCGGAAACCACAGGCGUUAGUGUGUUGUGUAUUGACCUGUUAUGAAGGCAGUGUUUAAUCUCUUUGCAUUAGCUCAACUUGAAUGUAAUGGUAAUGAAGGGGUUGAGAAAGGGCAGUGGCUGUAGACAUCCACCAGCCCAACUCCUCCCUUCCUCCCCAUGUGUGCUACCUGCCCAUUGGUGGUGACACAGGUGAGUAGCAAUGUGCUAGGAGGUUCCUGAGAUGAAGGCAAGUCAUAAUCAUCAUAAUUGACUGCCUGCUCUCUUGAAGAUCCCCUCAUAUUUUCAUUGUGUCUGCAUGUUCUAGAGUUACAGGAAGGACUAGACAGUAUGUCUGCAUGUCCUAGAGUUACAGGAAGGACUAGAAAGGGCUAGACAGUCUGACUGCAUGUCCUAGAGUUAAAUGAAAGGGCUAGACAGUCUGUCUGCAUGUCCUAGAGUUAAAUGAAAGGCCUAGACAGUCUGUCUGCAUGUCCUAGAGUUAAAUGAAAGGGCUAGACAGUCUGUCUGCAUGUCCUAGAGUUAAAGGAAAGGGCUAGACAGUCUGUCUGCAUGUCCUAGAGUUAAAGGAAAUGGCUAGACAGUCUGUCUGCAUGUCCUAGAGUUACAGGAAGUGCUAGUUUGGGAUGCCCUAGGACAAGCAUAAAUCUGUUACACUAUUCCCAGAGGACUUAGUUGUCCAGUGAGUCUGUUAAAAAGAGAUCACAUUCUAUUAUGCAAUCAAGGUGCUCCAUUUGACAGAUGAAACCCCAGACGGACAGACAGCUCUACCUACAGUCAGUCUACAGGCUAUGAUCCCCACAGGAAAGCCGCCUCUCAGGAACUCAUUCUCUUUCUCAACCUUCGCUCUCGCUCUCUCUCUCUCUCUUGCUCUCUCUAACCUCUUGAGGCAGAGCGUAAGCACAGACCUAACUCUGACUGUUCAAAGCAGAGGGGUUACACUGCACAGCUGAUGUCCAGCGUAACACACACACACACACACAGUUGCAUGAGCCUGAGUGGUCCUCUCUCGCCUUGCCAGGUAUUCUGUUCCUGCUGAGGAGAAGGUGAAGCUUGACAAGGUGGUUCACACACUGCUGCAGGCCAAUGGGACUCCUGGGCUGGAGAUGCUGGAGAAGAACAUCAUGAUCUCUCCAGAGGUGCUUUGUCGGGAGGGUAUUAAGGUCCACCGCACCGUCCAGCAGAGCGGUCAGUUCGUGGUCUGCUUCCCCGGGACCUUUGUGUCCAAGGUCUGCUGUGGCUACAGUGUGUCGGAAACCGUGCACUUUGCCACCCCCCAGUGGAUGAACCUGGGAUACGAGGCUGCUAAGGUGAGUCUGAAGCCGGAGCUGCUUUCUGCAGCCACCCUGUGGCCGUUUAGAGACAUAGCUCAUUGUCUACCACAGUAUCUCUAGAGCAGGUCUGCACAACCCUGUUCCUGGAGAGCUGCUGUGUCCUGUAGGUUUUGGCCCCAAACGUAAUUUAGCACACCUGAUUCUAAUAAUUAGCUGGUUGAUAACAUGAAUCUGGUUAGUUUCAACUGGGAUUGGAACGGAAACCUACAGGAGGGUAUUGUAGCUUUCCAGGAACAGGGUUGGGCAGCACUGCUCUACAGUCUAUGCAGGUUUUUGUUCCUGUUGAUUAAUGGAGUGUCAUGUGUAAUCUGGCUAAUACAAAAGGCUGUAGAAUAUUCUGUCAAUGUUCUGUUAACCCAGUGUCUCGCUGUCUUCCCCCUGUAGGACCUGAAAUGCCGGCACAUAGCCAAACCCUUCUCCAUGGAGAAGUUACUCUACCAGAUCGCAACGGCCGAAUCCAAACGCGAGAACGGACACCUUCUGACUACAAUCUCCGCUCUUCUCAAAGACCUCAGGUGGGUAGCCAUGGAAACCAGGCACAUCAAAACAUGGAUGCUGUUACGGCCUCAUCCUUCAUCCUCUGUUGCCAUGCCAGUAUGAUCAAAGACAUAGCUCAGUCUCACUGCUCAAAGCCAGGUUGAAAAAAACCCCAAAGUCUUCUGUUUCAAAUACACUCCAUGCUUUAAUGGAUGUGCUUAGUGUCUACAUCAGGGCGGUAAUACCUUUAAAUAAUACUAACUGUUGUUUGCUGUACUGAGCUUUAAUCACAAAGUUGUGAAUUGUGUCGUGUUGUUCUGAAUCACAGAGUUGUUGCUCUGCUCCGCUCUAAUAGGAACAUAGAGAUGAGACAACGGCAGGAACUGUACGAGGCGGGGCUUCUGUCCUCUGCCCGCUACGGAACACAUGACAACAACCUGGUGCCCGGCGACGGACGCAAGAAACCCAGGAAGUGGCUGGCGCUGGAGUCGUCAGAGAGACGCUGUCAGACCUGCCAACACCUCUGCUACCUGUCCAUGGUGAGAGCUGGGCCAUGGAGAAUAGUGCUAUGGUUAUUUGGGGUUGGAGUUGGGGUUAGGACUAGAGCUGGUGCUGGUGCUGGGCAAGGGUGAAUGUAGUUAACUACUCCAUGUACGGGGCGGCAGGUAGCCUAGCGGUUAAGAGUAUUGGGCCAGUAACCGAAAGGUUGCUUGUUCAAAUCCACAAGCUGACUAGGUGGCAAAUCUGUCGAUGUGCUCUUGAGCAAGGCACUUAACCCUAAUUGCAAUUGUAAGUCGCUCUGGAUAAGAGCGUCUGCUAAAUGGCUAAAAUGUAAAUGUAAAGAUGAAUUUAGUUUACCACUCCAUGAAAAGUUGUGUUGUGAUGUCCAUCCCAGGUGGUCCAGGAGAAUGAGAAUGUGGUCUUCUGUCUGGAGUGUGCUUUGAGAUACGUGGAGAAUCACAAGUCCUGCAGAGGCCUGAAGAUGAUGUAUCGUUACGAUGAGGUAAGAUUCCAUCCCAGCAAACCAGGAACAUUCCCAGGACAUUAGCUAAAAUUCCCAUUAAGGGCUCUAUUCAAUAUGUAUUGCUGAAGCGUUACAGAUUGCGCAAUAUAAAUGUUAUGGUAAUUUUUCAGAUUGAGCCAUCGUAUGCAGCAUUUACCGUGAAUGCAGUCUCCGCCACCGUGGGAACAUUGCCUUUAAAUUUCAAUUGGGCUUUAAUGCUGAACUUCCGCGAUACGGAUUGAAUAGAGGCCUAAGUUCAAGUUAGGGUUUUAUCUAACAUUAGGAUGAUAACAUCCCAAUAACAUUCUUUGAAUGUUUUUGAUAACAAACAUCUUCCUAACAUUCACAAAAUGUUGUGCACAACAUCUGUAACAACCAGCACAGAACAUUUCCCUAAGGUUCUUAUAAUGUUUCCAGGUAAUGUAAUAACUAAAGGUGUUCUGGGAACGUUCUUGCAAUCAGGUGAAUGUUUUAAACAAACAUUGUACAAUCAUCAGCACAACUGGACAGUUUUUGUGUUAUUUGAACUUUUGGGGCAACCUAAUGAAUGUUCUGGGAAUGUUCACAGAACCAAUUUUGGUUUGCUGGGAUGGCCCUCUCUUAUCUGAGUAGAAUUGAUCAGAACCUUCAAUAGUGGAGUGGUGUAACAUGCAAUGUUUGGAUGAAUAUGAUAUUUGUUCAUGUGUAGUGUUCAUUAUAACGCAAAUGUUCUCUGUCUGAUCCCUCCAUUCCCUGGCUGUGCCCCCCAUGCCAUCGCCCCCCAGGAGCAGAUCAACAGCUUGGUGAAGCAGGUUUGUGGCAAGGCCCUGGGGAAGACAACUGAGAAAUGUAACGGAGCAAGCCCCUUCAAACCACCACCCAAACGCGGACCCCGGAAGAGAGACACCGUGGAGGUGUCCCUGUCCCGCCUCUCCUCCUCCCACCUGUCUCCCGCAGCCGUCACAUGA